UCAUUGCAGGCUUUCUCACAGGCACUACUUUCUGGUAAGUUUCCCACCAUUUUGAAGUGAACUAGUUCCUUCCAUACCGAGCUUCAUACAAGUCAUUCGGACCUAACUUUUUAGUUCGGUGCUAAUCCCAUGCAACUGAAAAGAAAAAAAAGAGAAAGCAAUCGAACCAUUGCAUCUAAUUUUGUUAGCUGUGGCUGAUCCUUGUCAAUCCUGCACCUAUAUAAUGCUAGUGCCAUCUCGGAAACAGGGACUGCUAGGGGAUGCGGGUGGCAAUAUCGUAUCAAAAGGGAAUCAAAUGAAGAUCUCUCAACAUCAUCACUAAUUUUUAAUUCUCCUUGGACAUAAAUAAUGCAGGCAGGCAACCAAGGGAAGGGAUGGGAUCCUUGAGGGGUCAUUUCUCAAUGGAUGUUAGUAUUGCUUUAGUUAUUUAAUUACUCUUGUGAAACUACUGGUUCCAAUUAGUACGUUGCCUGCAGAAACGUUAUCUUUUGGGUUUAACUAUCUUGAGUUCCUCCUAGCAGUUUUGUUCCUUCUCAUGAUUCAGUUUCAUUGUCUAAGAAUAUCGUUUCUGAUUUCUGAGGCCAUUGGGAUACAAAGCCAGCCUCACCAACAAGGUAGGAAGGGAGAACUAGCUUAUAAUGAGAUGAACUGGUAAGAAAAAAUAUGUACCAAAACAAAAGAUAUAUCAGGUCUGUAACUGUAUAAACAUGAUUAUUCAACCACCCUGUUAAUUCUAGCUAUGUUUUAUUUAUGUAUAUUGCAUAGUAAAGGGCCUUAUUUUAGCAUUUCUUUCAAAAAGUAGUGUCGCUUGUGCUGUUUGUUACACACGGCACCUGCCAAUUGCCAUGAUCAAACCGCAGCGCCUCCAAAUGGCAACACCUCAUCAGCACCUCCAUCAACUGGUCUGGUGGCGCGUUAAUCUUAUUCGAGUGGAGUUGGGUUAGGGCUUAAUGACAGAACAUAAUUCAACAUAGAUUCAAGCACGUGUCUUCAAUGCCCUCGGGAUUCUCAGUCGAAACCAUUUUACAGUUACAGACUAGAGAACACGCAGAAAUGAGAGAGAGAGAAGCUGCAAAUGAAAGAAAAGCCGACUGAGUGAUAGAUUCUUGGAGAUAAAUUCUCAGUCUUCCUUCUUUGUGAGUAUUUCCCACUCUCUUAGCUUUCGAAGUCUGGACUCUAAAAGGUACCUUUUUUUUUCCCACUCUCUCUGUUGUUUUGGUCUCUUGAAUGUGUAAAACCAUGCUGUUUCUUCUCAUUUGUACAUAUUUUCUGGUGGGUAAGCUUUAAUCUUAGUUAUUGUUAGCCCCAAAAGGCUUUUUUCUUCUACUUUCACUCUCUGAUGUGUAAAGUUUAGGCCUUUAUGUCUAAAGAUGAAAAUUUUCUUCUUUGGUCUAAAUUCUUAUGUGCUUUACCAAAUGGGCUUUACUUGACAGGUCUAUUGAUUUCUGCAAUUGUAUUCCCUUGAGUUGUUUUGUGUGGAUUUGCAGCGGAAGCUUGCUGAGAACACUUUGCACAUAUUGAGGGCUCUCUGCUAAAUUCAGAUUGUGCAAUUUUAAGAAUUUCCUUCUUCUCUUAAAUUUAGCGUGAUGACUGCUGGUGAAGUGUCCAUUAAUAUUCAUGAUCAUGGUGCUGCUCUUGAUGAGAAAAAGAAAAGAGUUCAAUGCAAUUACUGUGGUAAAGUACUGAGUGGUUUCUCCCGUCUUAAGUACCACGUAGGAGGUAUACGAGGGGAUGUAGUGCCAUGUGAAAAGGUCGCUGAAAAUGUGAGGGAAUCAUUCAGAAGCAUGUUGUUAGAAAAUAAAAGAGCGAGUCGUGACAAUGAAGUUCAGAAUCUGUAUCCCCCAGAUCUCCCUUGGAAGAGAUAUUGCUCCCCUGACUUGAAUGCUGCUAAGCGUAAGAAGCGGGAUGCCAAUCAAACCACAGGUUGUGGGAGUGGAAUGCAUGCAGAGAUGCACUCUGUGGUAGAAGAUGAUAUGACUGAACAUGUUUCAGUUAAUAAUAGAAGAAGAGCCAUGAGUAGUGGACCAAAGGAAAAUGUAAUGUCAAGGCAAGCUCAAAGAUGCAUUGGCAGAUUCUUUUACGAAACGGGUUUUGAUUUCAGUGCUUCCACUUUGCCUAGCUUCCAGAGAAUGAUAAAUGCCACUCUUGAUGAUGGUCAUUCAGAGUAUAAGGUUCCUUCUUUACAAGAUUUGAAAGGGUGGAUCCUCCAUGAUGAAGUAGAGGAGAUAAAAACAUAUGUGAACGAGAUUAGUCAUUCAUGGGCAAGCACUGGGUGCAGUGUUUUGCUGGAUGGAUGGGUUGAUGAGAAGGGUCGCAACCUGGUUAGUUUUGUUGUGGAAUGCCCUGGGGGUCCAACUUAUCUCCGCUCAGCUGAUGUUUCAGCUAUCAUUGAUGAUGUGAAUGCCUUACAGUUGUUGCUGGAAGGAGUUAUUGAGGAGGUUGGGAUUGACAACGUAGUUCAAAUUGUAGCUUUUUCUACAGUAGGCUGGGUGGGGGCUGUAGGCGAGCAGUUUAUGCAAAGAUAUUGGUGUGUGUUCUGGUGUGUGAGUGCAUCUCAUUGCAUUGAGCUCAUGCUGGAAAAAAUCGGGGCAAUGGAUUCCAUCAGAAGAACACUGGAAAAGGCAAAGAUCAUUACGAAGUUCAUCUAUGGACAUAAAAAAGUUUUGAAACUUAUGAGAAAUCAUAUAGAUGACUACGACUUGAUAAAGCCCUCCAAGAUGAAGUUGGCUAUGCCUUUCUUCACCUUGGAGAAUAUUCUAUCAGAAAAGAAGAACUUGGAGGAAAUGUUUGAUUCAUUUGAGUGGAAGACCUCAGUCUGGUCUUCCACUGUGGAGGGAAUGCGAGUGGCUCAUCUGGUUGGGGAUCACUCUUUCUGGAGUGGAGCUGAGAUGGCCUCAAAAGCAACCGUGCCACUGCUGCGUGUUCUUUGCUUGGUUAAUGAGGGAGAUAAACCGCAAGUGGGAUUCAUAUAUGAAACCAUGGAUCAAGUAAAAGAGACAAUUAAAAAGGAAUUCAAAAACAAGAAAUCAGAUUAUACACCUUUUUGGACAGCAAUAGAUGACAUCUGGGAUACGCGUCUCCAUAGCCCUCUACAUGCAGCUGGUUAUUAUUUGAACCCAUGUCUGUUCUAUUCAUCUGAUUUCUACAGUGACCCAGAGGUUACAUUUGGGCUGUUAUGUUGCGUUGUUCGUAUGGUGGCAGACCAGCGCACUCAACUAAAAAUAACAUUUCAGCUUGACGAGUAUAGACAUGCUAGAGGUGCUUUUCAAGAGGGAAAAGCAAUUGUCAAAAGAACCAAUAUUUCUCCAGCUCAAUGGUGGUGUACCUAUGGGAAACAAUGUCCUGAGCUGCAAAGAUUUGCCGUCAGAAUUCUGAGCCAAACCUGUGAUGGCGCAUCUAGGUGCAAAACAAGCGAUCUGGUUUCAGAAGCGAUGUUAUUAGUGAAGAGAUUGAUCCAAUGGAUGACCGGGUUGUGGACGAAGCACCACAGGAGGUUGUGCCUGAAAAUGGUGACCGUGGAUUGAUGGACUCAGAUGGCAGUGAAGCUGAAGGACAUUGUGGAAUUCAAGCAAAGGAGGAGCCCAUUGAAGAUGCAUGACCACAAAAAUGUAGUGGUAGCUCUCUCGUUUUUUGUUUUUUUGGCUCUUGUAUGGGAUAGAACCAUCAUAUCCUUUUUGUAAUAAGCCUUCUGUUUCUGAAGUCUUUAUAUCUAAAUAUAAUGUAGGAUGUUUAUAUUUUUUUCUUC